CAUUUGCGUCACAAAACGACGGAAUAUAUGGUUUACGAAAGGCUUUAUGCUCUCGUGCGUGGAUUUCCAAUCAUCAAAAGGCAAAAUAAGAGCCAAGAAUAGACAUUAGAUGUGAAUUUGUGAAGGUUCUGUUCAAUCUCAAAUCAUGGAUCAACUCACGAGCGAUUCUGCUUUUGUUCAAUCCAUUCCAUCUUCUAACUCAAAUCCUUCAGUCAUUGAGUUCCGUCAAGCCCCCAUCGAUCCACUCCUUCACUCUACCGCCCACACCCUAUCCAAAUCCGGCCAAAGGGUUGAAGUUGAACCCAAAGAUUGUAUCGCGGCGAGAAAACUUCAAAAGGCUGACCGUGAGAAAUUAAGAAGGGACCGUCUCAAUGAACACUUCCUUGAGUUGGGAAAUGCACUCGAUCCUGAUAGGCCUAAAAAUGACAAAGCAACCAUCCUUACUGAUACAAUACAAUUGCUGAAGGACCUUACAUCUCAGGUCACCAAGCUGAAAGAAGAGUAUGUUACACUGACUGAAGAAUCUCGUGAGUUGACACAGGAGAAGAAUGAUCUCAAAGAAGAGAAGGCAUCUCUUAAAUCUGAUAUCGAUAAUCUUAAUAUUCAAUACCAGCAGAGAGUCGGGACUGUGUUUCCAUGGGCCACUGUGGAUCGCUCAGUUGUCAUGGCCCCUCCUUAUCCAUAUCCAGUACCAAUGGCAAUGCCUCCUCCAGGAGCCAUUCCUAUGCAUCCGUCCUUGCAACCAUUUCCUUUCUAUGGGAAUCAAAAUCCGGGGAUCAUUCAUAGCCCCUGCUCCACUUUUGUCCCAUACAUGACUCCUAAUAUUAUGGCUCAACAGCAGUCAGCACAGCCUGUUGCUCCACCUGCACAACCAAGCAGCCAUUCCCAUGGUUCAGGCAAACAAGAUUCAAAAAACAAGUCCUCAUGGGAGAGCAAGACUGGAAAAACUGUGGAUUCAAAUGAUGUCGCUACUGAGCUCGAGUUAAAAACACCAGGUUCUACGGCAGAUCAGGAUUUAUCAUCAGGCCAAAAAAGGAUGAAGAAAUCUUUAAGGAAAGAUGACAGUACUACAGAAGGGAGUUAUUCAAGUAGGUGCUCCUCAUCUUAUAGUGUACGGGAUAGCUCAUCCAAUAGCAUAGUGGGUGGAACAAAGCCUGAUGACGUAGAUGGGUAAAACAAUUGACAAAUGCCCGAGCCAGGCUGAGUUUGUCCUGAAUCUCACUUUCUCGACAUGGAAAGGAUGGUGGUGAUAAUAUAUUCUGCGCCGCGCCUUCUGUGGUGGAAUAGAAUUUCGGUGGAACUAACAAAGCAAUGUUGGAACUGAUGGUUGUAAAGGUUGAUAGUUGGUUUUUAUGUAAUCCAUUUAUGUAAAGUAUGCACUUUGAACAUUCUGAUUGUCUCUCAAAUAUUUCAAAACUGGAAAAAGUAUUUUUUUUCUUCUCAA